CAUACCCUAACGACAUAAAAAGACCUAUUUUUGUCAAUUCAGCUCACGUAGUUGAACAGACGUUGUCAAGAUGAACUCUCUUAUUGUCAUUGCUUCUCUGGUGGUGCUGUGUGUCGUGCAGGCGCAAGAUGCGGCAACGACUGCGAAGGUCCAUCACCACAGUCACCACUCGCAUGCCGCCCACGCCCACACCACACACGAGCCCAAGGAGACAGAGCACUACUCGUUUACCUAUGAUGGGAAGACUCAUGACAUGGUUGUGAAGACAGGACACCAGUGCUAUAUUAUGCCAUUGACAGACAAACAGAGAGGCAUGGUCCACGACCCUGCACAGAUCAAGAAAGUCGAGGCUGCGGCUCUCAAGCUGAUCAUCGACAACACUGUCCAGAGCGCUGUUGACCAGUCUGUUCUUGACCACCAUCUUGCACAUUUUUGCAAAGGCUCCACCACGAUCACCAUGCUCGCCAACAAUUAAACAACGUUCCACUCAUCAUAUCUCGUCCCUCGGUACCUUUCUGAGGAUGCUCAUCUGAGGAUGUGUGUGAAGGGGUGAAAUAAACUGACUUUCUGGCA